AUGACAAAGUCCACAUUUGGUUUUGGAAUUGUCAGAUCAAAAAAAUGUUCUACAAAAAGAGCAGAUAUUGUGUUUUUACUUGACUCAUCGGGAUCUGUGGGAGCAACAAAUUUUCAAAAGCAGCUAGACUUUGUGAGAAAGCUUGCCAACUUGUUUGUCAUAGGACCCGGCAAUGUUCAGAUUGGAAUUGAAACAUUUUCUACCACUUUUCAUCAUCAAUUUUUCUUAAAUAAGUAUACCAUCAAAACAUCAUUGCUUCAAGCUAUUGAUAAAAUACCAUACCAAGCGGGAAGCACCCAUACUGAUUUAGCUUUGACAAAUGUUAUGGAGCAUGAUUUUAAACCGACUGCCGGGGCCAGAGACCAUGUGGUCAGUAUUCUUAUUGUAAUGACUGAUGGCAUGUCUAAUAACGCAAAUGCUACUACCUUGCAAGCCAAAAAACUCCAUGAAAUGAAUAUAAGAACCUUUGUUAUUGGUAUUGGCAGCGGAAUUAAUCUAGCUGAAUUAAGGCUCAUUGCUUCUGAUCCCCAAAAGGUGUUUACAGUUUCUAACUUUGAUGCUUUGAACACAUUGGAACUUGAAAUUAUGAAAACAACCUGUGAAGUGUCAUAUGGGAAUGACCCUCCGGCCGUUUAUCUAAAAGAUGUCAUACAUUGGAUAGAAUACAUAGAAAUCUCCGUUCUUGCUCUCAUAAUUUUUGUUAUCAUUGGCUUUCUUGGCUGCUGCUGUCGAUUUUGUUUCUUUUUUGCAAAACGCCACGAAGAAGAGGAAGAAGAGGCUAAAUAUCGUAAACGAGUCUUGCAGCAUCCACAAAACCUGUCAUCUUUUCGAGCCUGACCCACUUUCGAUUAUAACAUGCUGAUAUUUUUAGUCAUUAUCUCAUUUUCCAUGAUUUUUAUAGGAAUUAUUUUAAGAUUAUUUUCUGGUCAAGAAUCGUAUGUAUAUCUCUUAAUGAUUUUUUGCAACUG